AGCGGAUUCAUCCAGGGACACCUACCCCGGGCAUCCUAUCCCUGCCCCGACUACCCCACACUCUGGGCUACAAACCCACUCAGGAGAGGAGGCAGCAAGUGGUGGAAAUGAAGAAUCUCUGGCUGUUACUUUGGAUCCAUGUGGGGCUCCUACUGGGGAAAAGUUUUGGGGCCCAUUUCUCGCAACAACCCUCGGACAAGGUAAUCGUGGCCGGCAAAUCGGUGACCCUUCCCUGCGUAGUGAUUGGCUACAGAGGCGUGGUCCAGUGGACGAUGGACGGGCUGGCACUGGGAGCUGAAAGAGACCUUCCAGGGUGGUCCCGUUAUUCUGUGGUGGGAGACCCUUCUCUAGGGGAACAUAACCUGCACAUUGAAGGGGUUGAGCUUAGUGACGAUGCCAUCUACGAGUGCCAAGCGACCCAGGCAGCGCUGAGGUCACAGCGGGCACGUCUCACUGUGCUACUUCCCCCUGGAGAUCCAAUGAUACCAGGCUCCCCAGUUGCCAAUGUCCUGCUUAACGUACCCUACAAUCUCACCUGUCUUGCCCCUGUGGCCAAGCCGGCGGCAGAGAUCACCUGGUACCGCGAUGGCAAGAAGCUGGAUUCAGCUGUCUACACCAAGGAGCUUCUGUCCGACGGCAAGAGUGAGGGUUCGGCGAGCAGUCUGCUAAUCACCCCAAGUCUGGCGGAUUCCGGAUCCAGUUACACCUGCCGCGUGAGGAACGAGGCCCUGCCAGAGGGCAGAGAGAAGUCUGUGACGCUGAGUGUGCAGUAUCCCCCCAAAGUAACGCUGUCGGUAGAACCCCCGACUAUCACCGAGGGCGGUUCCGUCACCUUUCUAUGCGGUGCCGUUUCCAACCCGGAAGUGACUGGAUACAGGUGGGCAAAGGGGGGAGUCCCUCUGGCCGUAUCUGGAGACAAAUACACCGUGGAGGUGGAUCACACUUUCUUCACUGCCCCGGUCUCGUGCGAGGUGUCCAACAGCGUGGGAGCCAGUAACGUCAGUACGGCCGUCAAUGUGCUGUUUGGGCCACGCCUCCUCACGGAGCCCCGCCCCAUGACGGUGGACAUAGGUGAUGACGCCUCCUUCUUUUGUGGCUGGACUGGAAAUCCGACGCCUACCCAGUUCUGGAGCAAGAAAGGAACCGGAGAGGUUCUCAGCAAUGGAAACACUCUGCUGCUGACCAAAGUAACUCGGGAAGAUGCCGGGAUCUACGUCUGUAAAGCCAUCGUGCCGCGAAUGGGGAGUACGGAGAAAGAAGUGACCCUCACAGUGAGAGGGCCACCAAUCAUCACUAGCGAGAUGCACUAUGAGACCACACUUGGAGGAAAGGCACGGAUGGAGUGCCUCAUUGAGUCCACCCCUGCCCCGGACAGAAUUGUCUGGGCAUGGGACAAGCAAAGCCUGGAGGACGGUUCGUGGGGUCGUUUCUCAGUCGAGACCGAAGUGACUGAAGUUGGUGCCAUCUCCGUCCUGGUCAUUGAUGGAGCAGAGCAGUCAGAUUUUCUCACUGAGUUCAACUGCAGCGCCAUCAAUCAGUAUGGGGAGGAUUCGGUCAUCGUUUCUCUGCGGCAGCAAGCCGCUCUUCCUCUGACGCUCUUGCUGAUUGCCGUCGGCUCGGGGACCCUGUGCAUCUUUGUACUCGUCAUCACUUCCAUCCUUUGUUGCCGACGACCAAAAAAAGCCGUGAAGGACACACAGAUUCUAGCCGUGGACGUGUCAGGGAGCGAGCCCAGCGAGAGGCACCCAAGCGACUCUGAGGAGGAUCUCAAGGAGCCAUUGCACACAGACACCGAAUCCCAGAGGACAUCUCAGACCGAGCACAGCGAUAUCCCUGAUGAGCCCCAGGACCCAACCAACGGUUACUACAAAGUCCGAGCUCAUGAAGACACCCGGCCUACAACCAUAACGUACCCAGAAUUCUCCUCUCCACCGCGUCCCCUCUACUCAACCACAUCUUCUCUGUCGCCGCUGUGCCCCACCCCUUCUGGGCCUCCUAAAAUCUACGAUUACGCUCAUCGCUACGCCACCACUCCCAGGUCUGGAGGCCACCACAUGCCCCAGGGGUCAUCGUCUCAUUUGCCGCAAGGAACGACUCAUUUGCCCCAAGGCCCCAUGCAUUUACCACAGGUCCCAACUCAUUUGCCACAAGCUCCGACUUAUUUACCACAAGGCCCGACACAUUUGCCACAAGGCCCAACUCAUUUGCCACAGGGACCAACUCAUUUGCCACAUGGACCAAGUCAUUUACAGCAAGGCCUCAGUCAUCUACCGCCGGGCCCCAGUCAACAUUCGGCACCUUACGCCAGGGCUUUCUGUAGCUACGUCCGCCCUGACAGGUUUGACUCAAUGGACCAAGGCCCCGCCCUGGCCCGCCUCUCCUAUGCCUCCCUAACCACACACAGCGAUUUUGGCCGACCUUCACAGCAGCGAAUGCAGACCCACGUAUGACCUCAUUGCCUGUCACGUGACCUCAUACUUGACUGUGAUACAAUGGUUUCUAUUGCAUAGAAAACAUUAGAGACUUUGACGGUGGCCAUAAGUGGCCCAGAUAAGGUCCUACCUACCACUUCGGUAUCUCCCAAACCGAGAGGUACAUGCAAUACCCGAACCACCGGCGGCGCAAUGAUACGAAAGGGGACUAUUUAAUGACUACUGGGGCGGCGUUACGUCCCCGCUGCGUAUAAAGUAUAGUAUUAUAAAGCCCCCGGCUCUAGGAUAUUUCUGGAAAUCCAUAACAAGGAUCACUUGCUGCCACCUACUGGCCAAAUGGGAUACCGUCACUCCGCAGGAGCAGGGGAACCGCUGUCCCUAGUGGAAACCCUAAGAACUGCAAUAUAAUUUAUACUUUUUUCUUUCUGAACGAGACUAUAAUAAGUGAAUAAUCGGAAAAAUAUAUCGAAGAGGAUUACACGGAAGGGGGAAUUUUCUUUUUUUAUUUGAGUAUCAAGGGCCGUUUUGUUUGAGUCCCAGGGAUCCGGUUUCACUGUUCCCCCCAGAGCCGUUGGGCUGUUAUUUAUUACUUUCCCUUUGCACUUCUCAGCCGGAGGAAUUACAGGCCCCUGGGUGCUCGCAAGCGCCGGCGUUACACUAUAUAUUUGUGUUUAUUGAAAUAAAUAGUUAAUGCCGCAAGUAAGUUUUAUUGCCUUGUAGCGCCGCUAAUAAAAAUCCCGCGGAAUCCCAUGAACAGCCCCGGGGCAGCUCUCGCCGCCGCCGCCGGAUUCAACUUGCCCUUUUUAUUUUCUUUGGGUUUCGUGCCUGCGGUUUCGCUAGAAUUUGAUAUUUUAUUUCAUCGUUCCGGGGGCCGACGUUCUCCCCUCCCCGCCGCCCCCGUUCCGCACAAUAACUCGACACUUUUCCACGUUUUAUGUUCCUGCCUUAAUCCCCCGCGCUCCUGUAUUUGUAUAAGAAGAAACCCUCACAUUAUAUCUAUAUAUAUAUAUAUUAUUUCUGCAUCCGCUCUACUGGCAAUAUGCCCCGAGGCACAGACUAUAUGCUUUUUUUUUAAUUUGUAAAAAAAUCGGAGAGAAUAUUUAUAUUUAAUUAAAAAAA